AUGGCGGAGAUGAACGCAUCCUGUAUCGCGGCUGCUACCAUAUUUCAGCAUCAGAUGUGCGACUUACCAUGCGAUCAGGCGAUAUACAUGACCACUUGGGAGAGUGGGACUGGGAGUGGCACUCGGUGGCAUACGUACAUGAAUGCAAUAACGCGAACAGUCGGCACAGAUACAAUGGUGCGAUUGUGGAGUACAAAACCAUUUCAGUCGUAUGUGACAAGCGAGUGUGCUAGUGGAGAUGAAUGGUGUUACUUUUCGGUUGCAGAUGACUGCAUUGAUAGAGCUAGUCCCAAUUCAGUGGCGAAUACGACGAAGGAGAACUUGGUGACGUAUACCUAUGGAAAAAGUAUGAAAACAUUCACACCCGCACUAAGAGAGGGCUUAAACCGUAGCGAGAUGUGGUUGCAAUCCCAGGUCCUUUUCUUCAUUCUGCAGCCAAAGCAGUUUAUUCGUGACUGGGUGGACGAAUUUUGGUCAGCCAACUCUACCACGCGUUUCUCAACAAACGAUAAUAUUCAUAAAGACACGCCUUAUCUCAUUAUGCAUGUGCGUUGGGGAGACAAGUGCGCGUGGUCAAGCGCCAAGCGCGGGCGGGAGUCUAUAUGUGUUCCCUUCCGGAAGUAUAUGGAGCAAGCAAACGCUUUCCGGGCGUUGAAUCCGGAACUAAACCAUAUUAUUCUAUCAUCUACCGACCCCAAGGCCAUCAAAAUGACCAGGCGGCACACCAACUGGACAUUUAGCUGGAUAGUAGCAGAACGCAAAUUACUCAGUCAACAAAACCACAUGAUACCUGCGAAAGAGAAGCUCGGGGAGAAGCAAAUGGUAGAUAUUAAGGCGUUAAUGACGGAAUUCUAUUUGGCGGCGUACGCCGACUACGCUGUAGUCACGGCUUCCAGUGGAUGGUCGAGAGCGUUUCUCCGCUGGUCAAGAGCUUUACGCGGACACAUUAUUCCAAAUGCGUGCCUGGACGACUGGAAUUGGGACGCUAGUAUAGUUGGGCUAAAUGAUUCACGCCUCCCGGAAAUACGGGAUGCUUACAGAGAAUCUUUGGGUACCGAAAGAUAUUGCUUUGCUCACCGAGAAAACUGCUCGGAAGUAUUUAGUUAGUAAGUUAGAAGAAAGUAUCGCUAUGGAUUCUGUACAACAUGGGAGUCUAGAGCUCAACGCCACAUUCUCCAGAGACCCAGGGAUUCUAUCACCGAUAGAUAUGCGUCGGUUUCAAGGAGUUUUCCCCAUGAGAGGAUUCAAUGAAACCGGUAGCGUGCAAAAAAUCGAGCAAGGUUG